AUGAGCAAGAGGAAGAUUCCGAGCAGCAACAACUAUUUUCCGGCAGCGUCUGUUUCCGCUCCGGAUCUCAAUCUAGACAUCCUCCUCCACCCCAAUACGACGCCGUACCUCGCCGCGGCGGCGAAGAAGCUCCGAUCAUCAUCCGAAUCGCCUGCACAAUCGACGAUGAUGGACGCUCGGGUCCCAGAUCGCGAUUUCCCCGACGAAGACGGAAACGAUUCCGAUUCCUCCUCCGACAUAAUCAACACCGAGAUAGAACCCUUUCCCCGCUCGCUCAACAGCAUCCCCGCCGCUUCCUCUGCAUUCGCUUUCGACAUUUUGCGCAAGGAGGGUAGUAUCCCGACCACCCACCAGCUCUUCCCGGAGAGGACGGGGCCGGAGCUCAACCCACCGGCGGCGGCGCCUGAUCAGUGGCUGAAGUUGUCGGAAGCAGAGGCCUCGCCGCCGGCGCCGGCGAAGCAAGCGGUGCAGCCGAGGAAGAGCCGGCGGGGGCCGAGGUCGAGGAGCUCGCAGUACCGAGGGGUCACUUUUUACCGGCGAACCGGCCGUUGGGAGUCUCAUAUCUGGGACUGUGGGAAGCAAGUGUAUUUAGGUGGUUUCGACACUGCCCAUGCUGCGGCCAGGGCUUAUGAUCGGGCGGCGAUCAAGUUCCGGGGAGUGGAUGCCGAUAUCAACUUUACUUUGACCGAUUACGACGAGGACAUGAAGGCGUUAAAGGAUUUGGGGAAAGAAGAAUUUGUGCAGGUUCUCCGGCGGCAGACCACCGGAUUCUCGCGGGGGAGCUCGAAAUACAGAGGCGGCGCCACCGUUCAGAAGUCCGGCCAAUGGGAAGCCCGAAUGGCCCAGCUCCUUGUCAAUAAUAAAGCUUACGAUAAGACGACAAUUGGUUACAGUGGCACCGCAACCCCGACAAAUAUCCAGCCACGAGAAUUCGACACUAACGCUUCCGGACGCGGCGAGGACGAUCUCGAUCUAAGGUUGGGAAUAUCAUCAUCAUCACCAAACUCAACAGCACCCAAUGGGAAAAAGGUCGACAAAGCUACCACUAGCAGCAGCAGCAGAGCAGCAGCAGGACCUUUCGGUUUCCAGCCACUUCACGGCCUGCCCAUUAACAUCGCCUCCAACACCCUCCAAACUUGGCCGCCGCCGCCGUCUCCGUCGCCGUCCACCUUUGACCCGGAAACGAGGGGCAGCUGGGCGCAUCACAAUCAAUUGACCGGCGUUGUUGUUAAUAGCGACGGCGUCCCCAAGUGGCCGGCCUCCUCGUCGUCGCAGCAAGUUGCAGCAGCAUCAUCAGGAUUCUUGUCAUCUUCGUCUAAUAAUACUAAUAAUGUGAAUAGACCAAGCGCAUAUAUGGCCGCCGGCGGCGGCUCUUCUUCCUCGUCGCCGAAUGUCAGUCACUUCUUCCAACCCAGCAGCAACCAGUAUUGGUACUCACACAAGCGGGAGCAAUAA